AUGUCGAAUAUCUACAUCACGGAGCCCAACACGGAGGGGAAAGUGCUGCUGCACACGAGCUUCGGGGAUCUAGAUGUGGAGCUGUGGCCGCAACAGGCACCCAAGGCGUGCCGCAACUUCGUGCAGCUGUGUCUGGAAGGGUACUAUGACCAGACGAUUUUCCACCGCAUCAUAGCCGGCUUCAUGGUGCAGGGCGGAGACCCCACAGGGACGGGUACAGGAGGAGAGAGCAUCUACAGUGGCGCUUUCAUUGAUGAGUUCCAUUCCAGACUGAAAUUUAACCAUCGCGGACUUCUGGCUAUGGCCAACGAGAACAAACCCAACUCCAACCACUCGCAGUUUUUCUUCACCCUGGACGCCUGUGACUUUCUGAACAAGAAACACACCAUCUUUGGCAAGGUUACAGGUAACACGAUUUUUAAUCUUUUAAGUGUCGGAGACUUGGAGACGGAUGGACAGGAACGUCCUACCAAUCCACCGAAGCUGUUGAGUGCUGAAGUGCUGUGGGGAAACCCUUAAAGGGUUUGGGAAACCCCUCUCCAAAAAAACUCUCACCCCCGCGGGAAAAAAGAGGCCUGGGGGGGAAAAGAGGGGGGUUUUUGG